CGCUUUAAACUGCGCACUUCCGCUUCCGGUUCUCAUCCUAAACUCUGGCCUAGACACAGGUUUCCCCACGACUAGGAGGUGGCGUUGGGAGGUUCUAGGCGAUUCGAGGUACUGCCCUCUGUAGUUCCAGACAGGAUGAUCGAGGUUGUUUGCAACGACCGUCUGGGGAAGAAGGUCCGCGUAAAGUGCAACACCGAUGACACCAUCGGGGACCUUAAGAAGCUGAUCGCAGCCCAAACGGGUACCCGUUGGAACAAGAUCGUAUUAAAGAAGUGGUACACGAUUUUUAAGGACCAUGUUUCUCUGGGGGACUAUGAAAUCCACGAUGGGAUGAACCUGGAGCUUUAUUACCAAUAAAGCAGAAUUUCUUCUCUACGCUCUGCCCUGCCUAACUCUCCCCACUUCUCCCACCCUCAACCCCCACACUGGUAUGGAUACUUGUUUUUAAAAAGUCAUGUUAAUAAAAACUUAGAAGCAGA